CCAAUCCCAAACAAGUCCUUCACAACAAAGCAAAUCCUGUCACUUCACUUUACAUAGCACAUAAUAUUGCUGUUUAGUUAUCACAACUAAAAGGGAGUGCAAAUAACAACUUCGCUAACUACAAAACCAAUUCACACUCUCACUCUUACUUUCUCUCUCUUUCUUUUUCUCUCUUCGAGGGUUUCGUUUUUUUUCCCUUGAAGAAGAAGAAGAACAACAACAUCCACAACACCAACGUACGAAAUUCUGUUGGUGUUUUUAAGGUGUAUCAAUCAUGUUUGGGCGCGGACCAACAAGGAAGAGUGAUAACACCAAAUAUUACGAUAUUCUUGGUGUUUCAAAAAGUGCUAGUGAAGAUGAAAUCAAGAAAGCCUAUAGAAAGGCAGCGAUGAAGAACCAUCCAGAUAAGGGUGGGGAUCCUGAGAAGUUCAAGGAGUUGGGCCAAGCAUAUGAAGUGUUGAGCGAUCCUGAAAAGAAAGAACUGUAUGAUCAAUAUGGUGAAGAUGCCCUUAAAGAAGGAAUGGGGGGAGGAGCAGGAAGCUCAUUUCAUAAUCCAUUUGAUAUUUUCGAAUCAUUUUUUGGUGCAGGCUUUGGUGGUGGUGGUCCUUCACGCGCAAGAAGACAGAAGCAAGGAGAAGAUGUGGUGCAUUCUAUAAAGGUUUCCUUGGAGGAUGUGUAUAACGGCACUACAAAGAAGCUAUCACUUUCUAGGAAUGCACUGUGCUCAAAAUGUAAAGGGAAAGGUUCAAAAAGUGGAACAGCUGGAAGGUGUUUUGGAUGCCAGGGCACAGGUAUGAAGAUUACCAGAAGGCAAAUUGGACUGGGCAUGAUUCAACAAAUGCAACACGUCUGUCCUGACUGCAAAGGAACAGGCGAGGUCAUUAGUGAGAGAGAUAGAUGCCCUCAAUGCAAGGGAAACAAGAUUACUCAAGAAAAGAAGGUGCUGGAGGUGCAUGUGGAAAAGGGGAUGCAGCAGGGUCACAAGAUUGUAUUCGAAGGACAAGCUGAUGAAGCUCCUGACACAAUCACAGGAGACAUAGUUUUUGUCUUGCAAGUAAAGGGACAUCCGAAGUUUCGGAGGGAGCGUGAUGACCUCCACAUUGAACACAAUUUGAGCUUAACUGAGGCUCUCUGUGGCUUCCAGUUUAAUGUCACACAUCUUGAUGGAAGGCAACUAUUGGUCAAAUCAAACCCUGGCGAAGUCAUCAAGCCAGGUCAACAUAAAGCUAUAAAUGAUGAGGGAAUGCCACAACACGGUAGGCCAUUCAUGAAAGGACGCCUAUACAUCAAGUUUAGUGUUGAUUUCCCAGAUUCGGGUUUUCUUUCCCCUAGCCAAAGCCUGGAAUUAGAAAAGAUAUUACCUCAAAAGACAAGCAAGAACUUGUCCCAAAAGGAGGUAGAUGAUUGUGAGGAGACCACCCUGCAUGAUGUCAAUAUUGCAGAGGAGAUGAGUCGAAAGAAGCAACAAUACCGCGAGGCAUAUGAUGACGAUGAUGAUGAAGAUGAUGAGCACUCGCAGCCUCGGGUGCAAUGCGCUCAACAGUAGUUCAAUUUAUGAUAAAAGUAUUCAACUAAAAUGUUCUCCAUGAGUAUUUUCUGUUCUCAUAAUGCAGUUAUAUAACUGCCUCGUAGUUUACCUUAGGAUUCAUUUGCCAAUGUUACUUUAUUUACAGUUACUGUUUGAUUUAAGUUAUGCUGUAAUAUUUAUUUAGUAUAUGAAAAUUAAAUGCUUCAUGGUGCUAUAAGGUGUGCAAUGAUCAUUGAAUUUCAUAGUUGCACGCCACCUAUGCUAUUUGGUUCUUGGCUUUGAUGAUAUCCAUGAAGAAAUAUUUUCAAAUUUGGUGGAAUGAAAUCCAUGAAGAAAUAUUUUCAAAUUUGGUGGAAGAAUGAUUUGUAGUAAAUCUUCAAUUUA